AUGGGUCAAUUUUGGGGGAAAUCCGCGAAAUAUUCUCACGAGGAAAAACCCGUUAAGAAGUGGUAUACGGACUCAGCCUUGACUCUCCUCACCGGCUGUCUCUCUUUUAUUACAUUUUUGUUGAAUGCAACGGCCUGCUACGGCGGAAACCUGAGGCACUUGGCGCCAUAUGACUUGAACGCUGAUUUCUGCGGCUCCAAGCUGGUGGGCGAAGACCGGCAGUACCUUUACUACCCCGAUCCUCACAAUCCGACGAGUGGGAUCUGCGUGGACUCGUGCCCAACAGCGGAAACGCGAGGCACCAUCAACAUCCCUGAUGGCCUUGGGGGCAUUCAAGUGCACCCCAUAACGAGCUCGGAGUUGGUGUCAGGACAAUACUGUUUCCAGCGCCGGCUGAAGUCCCGGGAGAUACUGACAACGCUGCAGCAGCAGCGGCCGUUUCUGUACAGCAUCGUUCAAGACAUUUUCAAAGCUACAGAAGUCCUUUUUGCGACUAUCUUUCUUUCUAUAGUGUUGGCAAUUGCUGGCAUUAAAGCUAUGUUGAACAAAAGGGCCGGAAAAAAUGUUUGUCUUGCUGCUUCUUUUGCCCCUUGUUUCUUUUCCCUCUUGACUGUCUUGCUGACUCUUUACCACUUCUUCACUCCGCGAGUUCUCCAACCUGGCUUUUCCUUGCUGCUCCUGUCGGGCAUUUUGGCCACUAUGUCCUUCUUGACGGGGACACUGCCGGUUAUUUUUCCCAAGACUUACGGGAGGUCGCGGCAGUUCAUGCUUAUUGGCGCGCAAGCCCUCGAGGAAAUGCCCGACUUGUUGACCUUCAUCAUAGUCACAGUGGCGGGCAUUGGGGUGACAGUCGUUUGGAACAUUUGGAUUUGCGCCUCUCUGCUCACUAUGGGCAGGGCCGUCCCCCAGCCCCUUGUGGUGGACUCCCACGGCGAAACUUACAUGGGCAUUGUGGCUUCUUUCACGAGGACUCCGGGCCAAGGACUGGCUUGCUUGGUUGUGUUGGUGACUUUCGUUCUGCAGUUCGAAAGCGCCAUUGUUUUCACCAAGUUCCUCACUACCCGCUGCGUCAAGAAGUGGUUCGAAAAACUGCCGAGGAACGGAGUCAGGAGCCCCAGAUGCGACUACGUCUUGCCUGUUUGCAUGGAUGUGCCAAAAGACUGGGGCCCGAUGGGAGCAGCAAUUCUCUUCAACAACCAGCUGCUGCCUGUCAAGCUAGACGAAGCCAACGGUGGCUUUCUUGAAGCAGCUCUUGCCGGCUACAUCGUGAGUUUCAAUACUUGUCAAGAGUUUAAAAACAAGAAACGAAAUGCAAGUGCAGGAGCUCACGCAAGGGAAAGUGGACGAUCACUACCAGGCUCACCACUAUCACAUCCAGGAGUUGCUGAGAGCAUUUUCGUUGCUGUGCUGACGUGGAUUGGCCUAGAACUAGCGCCUAUUUUCAACAACACGGGAGAAAAGGCGCUGGAUUCGAUCCCCGUGAUCGUGCUGCUUGUCUUCGUUAUGUCUGCACUUGUGCUAACAGUUUUUCAAGAAGCAGUGAACGCGGCAGCCUGUGCGGGGGUAAUGUAUUGGUCAAAGGCCGCGUCGGAUGUGCUGUGGUGCAAUUCAAUAAAUUCUGACACUCUUCCCGUAUACGAGUCGAAACACCUGCGGAAAUUUCUGGAACUGCUAAGGCGCAAAUGCGACCGCCAGAUUCUGUUUUAA